UUUUUGUACGCAUAUUAUUGUACAUUAAUUAGGUAAGUGUACUUUGUAAUUAGUUGGUCACCUAACAUGCAUGCAUCACCUAAAAAAAAAUACCCACAAAAACAAAACAAUGUAACUGUCUUGAGAGUGAAGGAGAACAUUUGCUUGGCCAUAUAAACUAAAGUCACCAGUUCCAACUGGCAUAUAAAUGUGGUUUGAGUCUGCAGUCUCCGUUCAGUCGACCCGCUGUGACAUUUGCAGAUGAGAUGGAGAGACGGUGAAAAUACUGAUUGAGGAUGAAGCGUCUUUUAUCCACUCGUAACCACCGGCCACAACAAAGACACUGCGAAUCAAGUUCAAUCUCUUUCAUUUCCUCUUCCACAGGAAAUUGCCUCAGAGGAAGCUGGUAGCUCACUGCUCACCACAGUAACGUUAUCUCUCUUCUAGCUCUCUUUUAUUAAAGAAACGGCAGCAUUUUGUGCACUGACAAGCAUGCACCAAAACCCAUAAACAAUAUGCAUCUGUCCUCAAAGGUGGUCAAAAAGCAGUUUUCACAAUUGCUCUCAAUUUAUUUUGCUUACAAUGAUGUUUAAAUAAAUAAUGCCAACAUUUAGGUUCAUAUUUUAUGACAAUUAUUGCUCUAAUCUCACUACCUUUUUCUUGCUUUCUAUCUUUAACAUGUUUCUAAAUCCUGGCUCUGAAGGAUUAACUGUACAAAGGCCUUUAUAUCUUACAAAAAUGAUUGGUGCUGUUUGUUAUUAUCUCCCCCUCGUCACCAUCAAGCUGGAAAAUGAAGCACCAUUUAUGGAAAUCUUGAAAUCUGAAUUGUUUUGCUCUAGAUUCAUUUCUCCUAGAAGGUGAGAUGAGCUUAUCAACUUCAGUCACGGCUUGGACGUGUCGACAUUUCUUAAUGGGACAGCUGUCCCCUCAAAAGCUAAUAUGAGGGAUUGCCUACCCUGUGAGAAAGUGGCCCUUCAACGUCAUUCGUCACAGUAUAUAAUCCCAGCUCUGAUACUGCCGGGGGAGGAGUGUCAGAUACUGUGGCACAUGCAAAGAGCUCCCAGUGAUAUCUGAAGGGGCCGCUUAAGGGGAUAUCGUCUGAGACAAUAGUACCUUUGCCAUAUGAAAUGCAGGGAAAGAAGUCAUCUCAAGAGACAGCAACUAUGUCCUCUGAACUACAAACUAACCCGAAGGGGCCCCAGACAGCCCCUAAAUCACCAGUUGGGCUUCUUAGGAAGAGGGGUCAAGAAGCAAUCCCUAAGAUGCAACCUGCUAUGAUGAUGUUCUCCAGCAAAUACUGGGCUCGGCGAGGUCUAUCUUUGGAUUCAGCAAUGUAUGAUCAACAACACCUUGCAGCCUCCAUGCUCCGCAGGACAUCCUUUAAUCGGAUAGAUGAAAGACCUGAUAAAGAAGAACCAAAAUCCACCCAUGACCUUGGGAAAUUAGCAGUGAUUUUCUCUCUGAAGAAUGAAGUAGGCUGUCUGGUGAAAGCGCUGAGGCUCUUUCAGGAGAAGCAUGUGAAUUUGUCCCACAUUGAGUCUCGGAGAUCCAAGAGAGUCACCAAUGAGGUGGAGAUUUAUGCAGAGUGCAACUGCACAAAGAAAGAGUUCAGUGAGUUGGUGCAGCACCUGAAAGACCACGUCAACAUUGUCUCAUAUAACACACCUCAACAUGUGUGGUCUGCUGACACCGACUGUUUGGACUGUGUGUGUGUUUUGGGUGGCUUGCCAGAUGGGGAAGGAAUACCGUGGUUUCCCCAAAAGAUCUCAGAGCUGGACCAAUGCUCUCAUAGAGUGCUAAUGUAUGGCUCAGAACUGGAUGCUGACCAUCCAGGCUUUAAAGACAAAGUGUAUCGGGAGAGAAGGAAGUACUUUGUGGAAGUUGCGAUGAACUACAAAUUUGGGCAGCCCAUCCCACAGAUCAAGUACACACCAGAGGAAGUGAAGACCUGGGGAGUAAUUUUCAGAGAACUUACAAAACUCUAUCCAACUCACGCCUGCCGCGAGUACUUAAAAAACCUCCCUCUUCUUGCAAAGCAUUGUGGAUACAGGGAGGACAACAUCCCACAGCUGGAAGAUGUGUCUCGAUUCUUACGUGAGAGGUCGGGUUUUACCGUACGACCUGUGGCUGGAUAUCUGUCACCACGCGACUUUCUGGCCGGUUUGGCUUAUCGAGUGUUUAAUUGCACUCAGUAUAUUCGUCACAGCACUGAUCCACUCUACACACCAGAACCGGACACCUGCCAUGAACUGCUGGGUCACGUGCCACUCCUGGCCGAUCCCAAGUUUGCUCAGUUUUCUCAAGAGAUUGGCCUUGCAUCUCUAGGUGCUUCAGAUGAGGAUGUGCAAAAGCUGGCAACAUGCUAUUUUUUCACAAUUGAAUUUGGACUGUGCAAACAAGACGGUCAGUUGAGAGCCUAUGGAGCAGGUCUACUGUCUUCUAUUGGAGAGUUGAGACAUGCGCUAUCUGACAAAGCAACAGUGAAGAUGUUUGAUCCCAAAACCACAUGCUACCAGGAGUGCCUCAUUACAACAUUUCAAGAUGUUUAUUUUGUCUCAGAGAGUUUCGAAGAGGCAAAAGAGAAAAUGAGGGAAUUUGCUAAAACAAUAAAGAGGCCCUUUUCUGUCUACUACAACCCGUACACCCAGAGCAUCGAUUUAUUGAAGGACACCAGGAGCAUUGAGAACGUGGUUCAAGAUCUACGCAGCGACCUAACCACUGUCUGCGAUGCCCUGGGAAAAAUGAACACGUACCUCGGUAUCUAGCUAAUCAGAUUCAUCAGUGCUUUACUGUAGACUAAAACUGCAGCUGUUUUACAUUAUUAAAUUCAAAUUCCAUUAUCUGGGUUAAACGUCUAUUAGUCUUGCCUUUUUAUGAGGAUGUAUGCCACGUAAAUUAAGGUGUGAAAUAUUGAACCCGUAGUCAUAAGGCAUUCAAACCCAGUCAUCAUUUCAAUGUAUUAAGACACUAAAUGAACAACAAAGGAAAAGAAAGGAUUUAAUAUUUAUUUAGUCUUUGCCUCUUCGUGCCGAAUUUUCUGCUUAAAACAGAGUUACAAAAUUUGUGUUUUAUUUUGGCCUCAUAGUAAGUGAAGGCAAUUGGUAUGUACACUUAAUAAUGAUUAAAAAAAAUGAAUGAAAAAAAAAUCACCUGUUAAGUGCUAUACUGAUUCAAGUGGCAUUCUCUAUUUGCAAAGAGUAUGUAUGUGGUUGCUUGCUUUACUUGUUGAAAAGCCAUCAUGUCAGUCAAUAAAGCAUUAUA